CUCGAAAUGGACAGCAACAGUCAGCCGAAUACGCGGAAGAUCAAGUGGACGGCAGAGACUGACAAAAACCUCCUGCUCUUUGCCAUGGGCCGCGAGAUUAGUGACAAGGAGUUCACGGUCAUUGCGGGUUGGUUUGAUGGUAAGUUGACCACUCACACUUGAUUGUGACUUGUCGCUAACUAUCGUGCAGAGCAGCCAACACCCGAGGCUGUCCGAGAACGCCUCGACAAGCUCAGGCGUGAGCAGAGAAGGGUCCUGACGGCAGCGGGUAUCGCGUUGGAAGAUGCCAGAGAGAGUCACAGCGAGCCCAUUGACAACGAGAUCGAUGAGAAUACCGCUGAGCCCAAGCAACCGCAGCCACGCGUCGAGACUGGUGGAGAUCUCGUCAAGAACCACGG